ACCAUUCGGCACUUUAUUUCGUUCAUCACGCAGCCAAACCAGCCAUAGAGAUUUUUUGAAUCACUCUUCUUCUUCUUCAACCAUGACUGUCCUCAAAUCUGCAGAUCGAGAUAAUGCUGAGAAGCAGGUGAAGAAGAGUUCAUAUUUUGAUUUGCCAUCUAUGGAGAUAUCUAAAGCAUUUCCUCAAGCAACCCCAGCCUCUAUAUUUCCACCUUGCACUUCGGAUUAUUAUCAUUUCAAUGAUCUAUUGACUCCGGAGGAACAGGCCGUCCGGAAGAAAGUGAGAGAGUGCAUGGAGAAAGAAGUUGCCCCGAUAAUGGCAGAGUACUGGGAGAAGGCGGAAUUCCCAUUCCAGAUCAUUCCAAAGCUUGGGGCCUUGGGUGUAGCUGGUGGCUCGAUCAAGGGUUAUGGAUGUCCUGGCCUCUCCAUCACUGCUAACGCAAUUGCCACAGCAGAAAUAGCUAGAGUUGAUGCAAGUUGUGGGACUUUCAUAUUGGUGCAUAGUUCUUUGGGUAUGCUCACUAUUGCUCUUUGUGGAUCGGAAGCACAGAAGCAGAAGCAUUUACCUUCUUUGGCUAAGUUGACUACUGUGGCUUGUUGGGGUUUGACAGAGCCUGACAAUGGAAGCGAUGCAAGUGGUCUAUUGACAACUGCCAAAAAGGUUGAAGGAGGUUGGAUAAUUGAUGGACAAAAGCGUUGGAUAGGAAACAGCACUUUUGCAGAUGUGUUGAUCAUCUUUGCUAGGAAUACGACAACUAACCAAAUCAACGGAUUCAUAGUCAAGAAAGAUGCCCCUGGCUUAAAGGCUACCAAGAUGCAAAAUAAAAUAGGCUUACGUAUGGUUCAAAACGGAGAUAUUCUACUACAGAAUGUCUUUGUUCCGGAUGAGGACCGGUUACCUGGGGUAAAUUCUUUUCAGGACACCAGCAAGGUCCUGGCUGUCUCACGUGUGAUGGUGGCCUGGCAACCAAUUGGCAUAUCAAUGGGAAUCUACGAUAUGUGUCACAGGUAUCUAAAGGAGAGAAAGCAGUUUGGAGCACCGUUAGCUGCUUUCCAGAUUAACCAACAGAAGCUUGUUGAGAUGCUAGGUAAUGUUCAAGCAAUGUUUCUAAUGGGCUGGCGCCUCUGCAAGCUAUAUGAGACAGGUCAGAUGACUCCAGGUCAAGCCAGUUUAGGAAAGGCAUGGAUUACAUCGAAAGCACGGGAAACUGCUUCACUAGGUCGAUCGUUGCUCGGUGGGAAUGGAAUUUUAGCGGAUUUUCUGGUGGCAAAGGCUUUCUGUGACCUUGAACCCAUUUUUACCUACGAAGGGACUUACGAGAUAAACAGCUUAGUGACCGGAAGGGAAGUAACUGGGAUUGCAAGUUUCAAACCAGCGACACGGAGCCGACUUUAAAGAUAAAGGCUGUGCAUUAUUUGUUGUUGUCUGUUGGUUAUAAUGUAAUGGGAGGCUUUGCACUACUUGGAGAACAGCAUUCACAAGUGUGCCAAAUAAUCUGACCUCAAAGCUUUAGGGUCGUGUGCAAUGGGAAAUAAUAGUCCGUUGAUAUUUUAUUAAAUCUCAGAAGAUAUAUCAUAAAUAACUUUUAUAAA